AUGGAGCCCGUCGACACCGCACAGGAUGACCCACCAGAAUCCCGCCGCAGGUCAGGAAGAGCGGUGCGCAAACCAGAAAUCUACUCGCAGGGACUGCGCGACAGCAGCGUGCUCGCAAAUGGUACUGGCAAGAGGAAGAGAGUAGCCGACUCCACCAACGAAGACGAUGAUGAAAACGACGAGUCAGAAGAGGAUGACGAAGAAGAAGAGGAAGAUGAGGACGAGGACGAAGAGGACGAAGGAGAGCCAGACGAGGAGGAAUUGAAAGCUCAACGACGAGCGCAGAGAGCAAAAGCCGCCGCCGCUAAACCUGCAACCAAGCGCGCAAAGACAUCCUCCGGAGCCAGCACAACUCUCGCCAUUCGCUCUACGAAUAUUCAGAGUAAGCCCGCGGCAAGAGCAUCAAAAUCUAGCAAAGCUCGUGCUCGACCCAGUCAAGCGCAUCAACAAGGACUUUACGCCGAAGUGUUUGGGAGAGGACAGUCGCCCGAAGAUGCCGCUUCUUGGUGGUUUGAAGGGGUCCAGAAGGACAGCGUCAGGGCAUUGCGAGACCUAGUCAACUUUGUCCUCCAAUGCAUCGGCUGUGACUCGAAAGUCGAGCAACAGGAUAUUGAAGAUCUGGACUCAGUCCCCAGCAAACUUGGCGAUAUUCUUCAGGAAUACGAACAGCAAAAGCCCCCCGACUACCCACUUAUCUCGAAGCAGAAACACUACGCAGGAUUUCAAGACGUCCUGGAGGAAUUCUUCAGGGCCAUUAUUAGGGUCCUGCAUACGUCCUCUGCCUUCUACGACCAGCCCGAAAUAUACGACAACAUCCACGUUUGGGUUGCGACAAUGUCGGGCGCAAACUACAAAUCCUUCAGACACACUGCAACGAUAAUUUCAUUAGCCAUGAGCACCGCUCUUUGCGAAGUGGCAAAGGAGUUGCAGGACACCAUGGCAACGCUGAAGACUCAGCUUGAUGCCGAAAAAAAGAAGAAAAAGCCCAACCGGGGCCGGAUCAAGAGCAUUGAAGAGAGUCAGAGAGCGUCCGAAAGUAAGCUUGAUGCUAUCGACACUCAGUUGCGAGACGCCUUUGAUACCGUCUACAUCCAUAGGUACCGAGAUGUGGAAGAGAGAAUCCGCGCUCCCUGUGUUGCAGCGCUGGGCAACUGGAUUGUGCUCUAUCGCAAAAUGUUCCUCGAGGGCCAAUACUUGCGAUAUCUAGGCUGGGUCCUGAACGACACAAGUGCCCAUACCAGACUGGAGGAUAUCAAGCAACUGAAGAAAUUGUUCAACAAUAAGAGCAACAUUGCCGCUCUAAGAGCCUUCACCGAUCGUUUUCGGACGAGGUUGGUGGAAAUGGGCGCGAGGGAUGCCGACAUCAGUGUAAGGGUGGAGGCCAUUGAGCUGCUGGACCGACUCCGGGAUGCAGAGCUAUUGGAACCGGACGAUAUCGAUACCAUUGGACGAUUGAUCUUCGACAGUGAACCUCGGAUCAGAAAAGCGGUGGCCAAGUUCUUUGUCUCCAACAUCGAAGACCUCUAUCGCGCCACGAUUGAGGACUUCGAAGAGACUCAGUACGAUGCCGCCCUUCCAGACGCGGAAGGUGUGGACGACUUUAUGGUCCCCACUAGAUCUUGGAUCAAGUUCAAGUGCUUGGGGUCGGUCCUUGCUGGCUAUGACAACGACGAGGAAUCCUUGGAUGGGACGACGGUGCAACCUUUACACAUGAAUUCGAUUUCAGACUCGCGCUAUACUCUUGCUACCCAGUCGAUCUUCCCUCACAUGGCAGAAUUGCACCAGUGGGAAAACUUGGCAGGCUACCUCCUCUACGAUCACACAUCCAUCCCAUCGCAGGGCGAUGAUGAUGACGUCGAGUUCCAGGUACAGCAGGCAUACAAGCUGAGUGCGGGCGAAGAUACCAUCCUGUUGGACGUUCUGCAUUCGGCGGUCAAAGCGUACCUGCAGUCGAUUCUUGAUCCGCCGACUGGACGCAGAACCAAUGUCUCAAAAGAUCAGAUCCGAGAGAAACAAGAGUCGGCAGCGCAGAAUCUCACGGCGCUUUUGCCUCGAUUGUUGAACAAAUUCGGCAGUACGCCACAAGCCGCGUCGUCCAUCCUCCGCAUCGAACAGCUGCUGGAUAUCGGCUUGAUCAACGAGCUACAGAGCGCCGAAGCCAGCUAUUCCGCAAUCCUCGACGAUAUCACCAAACAAUUCACGUCGCACUCGGACAAGCAAGUUCUUGCAGCGGCCAGCGCGGCUCUCCGCAAUGCGCAAAGCUACGAAUUGACUAAAGAGGUCGCCAAUGCUAAGGUUCAAGAGAUCUGGACUGAUUCCGUCACAACGCUGGCAGAUCUUCUUCAGGGCGAGGCUGUCGGGACACGGGGUACGCUCGACAAACCCUCCCUCGCUGAGGUUGUGAACACCAUCAUCCGUUUGGCUGAGCUGGCAGGUGUACAUGACUGCAGCCAUGUAAUCGAAGGCAAAUUAAGCACUGGAUCAUCAAGGAAACGAAAAGGCAACACGGGCAGCCCACAAACUCUGCUCAGCCUAUUAUUGCGACUAUUGCAUCGGGGCAUACCCGACGAGGACACCACGGCUGCUUUUGCGGAGCUCGAAGAUCAAUUAUGCAGUGCCGUCCUCGAGCUAUUUUCGCGCUAUUUCCGCUGGAAGGUGUUCGGGUUGAAGAAAGCAAUCAACAACAGCGACGAAGCGCAGCUGUCCACCGGGUCAUUGACAGGGCUCGCCAGGACGCGGACAGAGUUUGUGGACAGCAUUGCUCCCGUAAUUCAGAUGCGUAGGCCUCUUGAUCCAGUGCGGUACCAAGCGAUCCUAAAUGUGGUGGAACUCUUCGCCCUCUUCGCCACAAUAAGAAACAUGAGGCCCGAGAAAGGUGAUUUGGAUGAUGACGCAGACCGAAAUCUGCGGAGUUUGAUCACGUACAUCCCCGACGAUAUUGUCAAGGAAGUCAUGAUCACGCACGAAAAGAUGGAGCAGUCGUUUGCGAAGAAGACGCAUCGAAAGAUAGAGUCUGUCAGCGGAAAACGAAAAUCAAAAGAUUCAGGAGGCAGGAAUGAGGACGAUGAGGACGAUAUUGAGAAGCCGCCUGAAGAUUCGGAUGAGGAACGGGACGAUUCAAAUGACGAGGAGGACGAGGACGAGGCGGGUGAAGACGACGAGGGAAAGAAAGGCAGGAGCGCAAAGAAACAAGCCGCCCUCCUGGCAGAACAGAAGCUCUGCGAAUUGACGAGCAAGAUCAUCUUUACCCUUGUGGGCGGUACGAUUAGGGCUGAAAAGGCUGUUAAGGAGAGGUUGAUGCUGAAUCGUACAAAGUUGGGCAAGAACUACUCUGUGCUGGUGGGAUAUUUGGAGGAAAAGAAAAAGCCGGCCGCGAAGAGGAAAGGAGGAAAGGUCGUUUCAGAACAGGAGAAGGAUGGCAAGAAAGGGAGCAGCAAGGACAAAGAUCAACGCGGUAAGACGGCGAUUUCGGAAGAAAUGGUGCUGGACGAUGAUGAUGUUGAGGAUCCUGACGAGGACGAGGCGCAACGACAGCGCGAGUUACAGGAAGACGAGAUUGAGCAAGAAGGAAGUGAAGCGGACGGGGACGGUCCUGGAAAGGAGCAACGAGGUCAACCAGAGGGUGAGAGCGAGGAGGACGACGACGAGAUCAUGGGCGAUUGA